UAACCUCUCCAUCUUAGCUUCCGCAUCUCUCUAUAUAACCCUCUUCUUCGAUCCUCCAUUUCUUACCAAAUCCAUCUUAGUCAUCAUAAAAACUUAGAAAAGAUGACUCGUAAUAACUUGUUUCUUGUUUUGCUUUUUGGUGCUCUAGUUUGCACUAGUAGUGCUAGGAAGCUUGUGACCGAAAAGAGUUCUUUUGAGGAUGAGAAGAAUUUGUUUCACCAUGGGGGCGGCCUAGGUGGUGGUGCUGGAGGUGGUGGUGGUGCUGGAGGUGGUGGCGGCUUAGGCGGUGGAGGUGGACUUGGUGGUGGUGCUGGAUUUGGAGGAGGAGCUGGAGGUGGUCUAGGUGGAGGCGCUGGUGGUGGUGGAGGAUUUGGAGGUGGUGGUGGUGGAGGAUUGGGUGGAGGAGCCGGUUUUGGUGGUGGAUUUGGAGGAGGUGCUGGAGGUGGGCUUGGUGGUGGAGCUGGAGGUGGAGGAGGAUUAGGAGGUGGUGGUGGGGGUGGACUUGGCGGUGGAGCUGGAGGAGGGUUUGGUGCAGGUGGAGGCGCUGGCGGUGGACUUGGAGGUGGUGGUGGGUUAGGUGGUGGUGCUGGAGGUGGAGCAGGAUUUGGUGGUGGUGCUGGGGGUGGAGUUGGUGGUGGACUUGGAGGAGGUGCUGGUGGUGGUGGAGGGUUUGGAGGUGGGGGUGGUGGAGUGGGUGGUGGAGGUGCUGGUUUUGGAGGGGGAGCUGGGUUUGGUGGCGGAGCUGGUGCUGGUGGUGGUGCUGGAGGUGGAGGUGGAGGUGGCUUUGGAGGAGGUGGUGGCGGUGGACUUGGUGGUGGGGCUGGAGGUGGGUUUGGUGCCGGUGGUGGCGCUGGUGGUGGGCUGGGAGGUGGAUUGCCUUGAAGUAACAAAGAGCGCAAUUGUCUGUUUAUUUCCAUACGAACUAGAGUUCAAUCAUUUGAUGUUUAUUUGAUCUUUUUUUUCCCAUGAAUUGAUUAUGAAAUGAAUAAUUAAGCUCUUUACAGUAAGAUUAUGUAAUUAGCGGCACUUUUGAAAGCUAUUGGCUCCCCAUGAUGAGCAUCGUGUUUC